CUAUGGCUUUGCACUCCGGUAUAGGUUUUUCCAAGAUCCUCGUCAUAGCCGGAACAGGGUACACUACCACUGUUUUGUUCAAUAACCAUAAAUUAUCGGACUUGCUCGGAGAGAAGCUUUUCUCAGAAGCUAGAGAGAGAAACAAAAUCAGCAGAGUAAAGAGAGAGAGAGCUUCGAUCGACAAUGGUGUAUUGGGAAGUCCGGCGGUGCCGCCGUUAUCGACGGCGGACUCGCCACAGAGCUCGAACGCCAUGGCGCGGACCUCAACGAUCCUCUAUGGAGCGCCAAAUGCCUUCUCACUUCCCCUCACCUUAUUCGUGGGGCCACCCUUGGGUUCAAGUUGGUGGUGUUGCUCCUGACAAACCUCUUGAUUCCGCUGUUUUAUAGCGCUUGAAACAAUUCUCUACUAUGAACAAGCUGAAGAAAAUAGCCAUUAGGAUGUCGAUAAUAGUGGACAGAUCACUCUUGAGGAACUAAAGAAUGGUUUGGAAAAGGUAGAUGCAAAUCUCAAGGAUUCCGAAAUAAGUGGACUAAUGCAAGCGGUAAGUAAUGAUUCUGAGUAAUGAUUCUGAUUCAGGGAACUGUAAUAAGGCUUGUAAAAAUUGUAUAAUCAAUCUUGUUUGCUAUUUAUUGAAACCUAUUCCGGUUGUUUUGUUAAAAAUAAAAUUAUUUCCUGAAUCGUUCUUUCC